GUGAGAAACACAAAUGAGGGGAUAGGCAUCAAACUGCAACCCAAGUUCAAAGGAAAAAAAUUAAACAUGACAAUUAAAACUGAGUUACAAUCUUGUAUUGGUAUAAAACCUAUCAGCAAAUAAGAUGUCUGAAAAGGAGACUAUUUCAGAAGCGAUAGAAGAUACCACUAGUCAAUUCAGGGAAGAAUCUAAAUCACAGUUGGUAGAGGAGCCUGGAUUCAUUAAAAAUACAUCAGAUUUGUUAACGGAAGCUUCUGAUGGGAAACCUUUCGACCAAAUUUGUGAAACACAACCUGGAAUGGACACAGUAGGUGUACACAAUGAUACAGUUACCUCCUCCUCUGAAAGUAAGUCUGAGAGAAAUGAAGAACAAGGAAACAUUCAAUUUUCCGAAAUGGUCGAUACACAUGACAACUCCCAGUCAACAACUGAAACUUCACAAGGCCCAUCAUUAUCAGUAACUACUGAUAUUCAGAUGACUGCUGAAUAUGAGGCUUUUGUUGACUUCCUAUCUCAUGAAAUACCAGGAAAAAUUAGUUCACAACUCUCUGAAGAAAACCAGAAAGGACUUGACUUAGGAUCAGAUAACUUUACUGUUAACCUCAAGGCCGAGGGCUUACAAAAAUUCCCUCAGGAAAUUUUAAAAACAAAAUAUGUAAAAUAUCUAUAUUUAGAUGAGAACCAAAUUGAAAGUAUUAAAGGAGCAGACUUAGGUGGUCUGCUAGGACUUGAAAUUCUAUCCUUGCAAGAUAAUGGGUUAUCAUCACUUCCAUCUGAAAUUCAGUUACUUCACAAUUUAAGGAUAUUAAAUGUCAGUCACAACCAAAUAUCACAUAUUCCUAAUGAAAUAUCACAGCUUGAGAAUAUGAGGGAACUCUUUUUAAAUAAUAAUUACAUUGAGAAUAUUCCUUCUGGCUUAGAAAGACUUGGAAACUUGGAAAUUUUAAGUUUGGCUAAAAAUAAGUUAAGCCAUAUACCAGAUACCUUGUCUAGUUUAAAAAACUUGAGCAUUCUCAAUCUGGAAUAUAAUCAGUUAACAAUAUUUCCUAAAGCUCUGUGCUUCCUUCCAAAGUUAAUUUCACUAAACCUUACUGAAAACCUGAUAAGCAGUUUGCCAAAAGAAAUUAGUGAGCUUAAAAAUUUAGAAAAACUUUUCCUGGGUCACAAUAAACUUAUAUUUUUGCCAGUGGAAAUUUUUCAACUGCUCAAAAUGCAAGAACUCCAACUGACUGACAAUAAAUUAGAAGUUAUUUCAAACAAAAUUGAAAAUUUUAGGGUACUUAGUAUUCUAAUACUUGAUAAAAACUUAUUGAAAAAAAUACCAGAGAAUAUUUCCCACUGCGUAAUGUUGGAAUGCCUUAGUCUUAGUGAUAAUAAAUUAAAACACCUUCCUAAGAACAUCCACAAGCUCAAAAAUUUAAGAAAAUUCCAUUUAAACAGAAAUAAUAUAGUGAGAAUACCUGAAGCUAUCUCAUAUCUUAAUAAUAUGCUUAGUCUAGAAUUGUCAGGAAAUAUGAUCACAGAUAUUCCCAUUGAAAUAAAAAACUGCAGGAAAAUAACUGAAGUUGAAUUGAGUCAAAAUAAAAUUAGGUAUUUUCCAGUAGGUUUGUGUGCUUUAAAGUAUCUUUAUUAUUUGAGUAUUAAUGGAAAUUAUAUUUCAGAAAUACCUGUGGAUAUAUCUUUCAGUAAACAACUGCUUCAUUUAGAGUUUAAUGAAAACAAACUCCUCACAUUUUCUGAGCACUUAUGUUCUCUUAUUAAUCUUCAAUACCUGGAUCUUAGUAAAAAUCAAAUAAGGGGAAUUCCACCAUCUAUUUCCAAUAUGGCAUCACUCCACGUUCUUAUUUUAUGCUGUAAUAAAUUUGAAACUUUCCCGAUAGAAGUGUGUACUUUACCAAAUUUGCAAGUACUUGAUAUUUCAGAAAACCAAAUACAGAAAAUCCCUUCAGAGAUCUGUAACUUAAAAGGAAUUCAGAAAUUAAAUAUCUCAAGCAAUCAAUUUAUAUAUUUUCCUACUGAACUGUGUCAACUUCAAUCACUGGAAGAGCUAAAUAUAAGUCAGAUAAAUGGGAAAAAGUUAUCAAGACUUCCACAAGAGCUGUCUAAUAUGACUCAACUUAAAGGACUUGAUAUCUCAAAUAAUGCAAUCCGAGAGAUUCCAAGAAAUAUAGGGGAAUUGAGAAGUUUGGUUAGUUUAAAUGCAUGCAGUAAUCAAAUAAGUUAUCUGCCACCAUCUUUUCUAUCUCUAAACAAACUCCAACAACUAAACUUGAGUGGAAAUAAUCUUACAGCUCUGCCUAGUGGUAUUCAUAACCUUUCUUCGCUGAAGGAUAUAAAUUUUGAUGAUAACCCUUUGCUGAGACCUCCAAUGGAAAUCUGUAAAGGAAAACAACUGCAUACUAUUGCAUGCUAUCUACAGAGGACAGAAGAAAGAGAUGAGAAACUCUUAGAGAAGAUCUUCAAGAUAGUUGCCAACAACAUCACUGAAACAAAUUUUAAAUUUUUGUGUAAAAAAUUAAAUGUGGUAAUCUCAGAAACAGACAUGUCUACAAAGAGCACUGUUUCAUUAAAAGAGAGAGUCCUCCAAGCACUUGAGAGGUGGAAAAUGGAAAGUAACAGCUCGUCCACUACUGCUUUAAGAGACCAACUAACUCGUGCACUAACUAUGAUAGGAGCAUAUGAAAUUAUGGACAAAAUAACAGCUUUGAAACUUUCUGCAUCUGCAAUUAAAUUCUGAACAGUGUAUCUAUAAUAAAAACAGAAAACUUAUGAUGCACUUAUAUAAUUAAAACUGGAUAUAAGGGAAUUGCAUGUCAUGUCUCUUUACACACAUUUCUAAGUGGAUAACAAUUUAUACUACCACUCUAAUAUGUUAAAAUAUUAGACACUUUUGUGUAUUUGUUCUAUUGCUCUGGAAUUAUGAUAAUGAAUUUUAAAAAUAAGUAAUUCCAUUUAAAAAUUCUUUGUUAUAUAAUGCUUUUAUACAACCCGAGGUUUAUAGGUAAUAAGGUCAUUAGUAACUUUUAUUGGAGUUAGAAAGCAGAAGCAGUUUCUUUUUAGAUGCUGCCUUAAAACUGAAAUCAAUGUACUAUCCCUACUGUUUCUCUAUUAGGAAUGGGAUAGCUUUGCUAAACAUAAACCAAGGCAGGGUCAGUAAUCCUCUAGUUGAGUGUCCAGACAGGACUGGUGGAGUGGUCUUGCCUGUCAUGUAUGCCUCUCCCCUCUAACACUCUGUCAUAUGGGGAACCCAUUUCAUAUAUUUUAGGUAGAGCUGACCUUGUCAUAUGCAGUCAUCUUCCCCCACCCCUGAAGCUACUAAUACCAAGGUCUUUUACCCAUCUAACUACAGUGAAUGAUUCAGGGAAAGCCAUUUGGCGCAAGCCACACUAUUAAGAAUUUCCCUUGGACCUUUCUGCACAGCUAUCAGAGAAGAUGUACUCUUUCUGCUGGUAGGUUAUGAGUGUUGGUCUAUCCUGCACACCUUGUAGUAGUCUGUCUGAGAGCUGGAUGGAGAGAGAGAGAUGGAUCCAGCUGUAUUAGUCAGGGUUCUCCAGAGAAACAGAACUAACAGGGUAUGUAUGUGUAUAUGUAUCUUUAUUAGAUGCAGGCUCUGUAUUUCAAACCCAGGAUUUCCUGGAUCCAGGACCCAUAGUUGUUGCCUCUCUGACAGACACAUGGCUUCUAAAACUUAAGCAUUUCAAUAAAUAGUGCUGAGAAAACGGAAUAUCCGCAUGCAAAAAUGAACUCUAAAUGGAUUGGUCCUAUACUAAGAGGUAAAACUAUAAAACUCUUAGAAGAAAACACAGGCAUAAAUUUUUAUGACCUUGGGUUAGGCAAUGGUUUCUUGGAUAUGACACCAAAGUGCAAGCAACAAAGAAAAACACAGAUAGUGAUCAUUUGCUGUGACCUAGUAUUGUAAAGAUAUAAUUUCAAAGCUACUGCCAGAUCUUUUUGUGUCACUGAAAAGUAUCCAUCAGCAGUAAAUAGUCCUAUUAUUUCAAACGCUCUAGUUGGGACAGUUUGAAACCCAGAGGAUGCACAAUGGGAAACCACUUCUCUCUGCAUAAUCAUGUACAGUGCCAUCUCUGUUAAGAGCAGGGAAAUCUGUAUGAAUUUCACUGUAUUUAGGAAAAUGUUUCUCUUCCUUUACUUGGCCUUACAUUGUCCCAGAGCUGAGAAAUGUUU